AUGGGCAAUUACGUCUCCUGCACUCUACUCACGGGGCGGUCAAGCUGCGCCAAGGUGAUCUUUCCGGGAGGUGAAAUCCGGCAAUUCUCCUCGCCCACCAAGGCUGCGGAGCUCAUGCUCGAGACGCCAAACUUCUUCCUCAUAAACUCGCAUUCCCUUCACAUCGGUCGGAGAUUCUCGGCUCUCAACGCCGAUGAGGACCUCGAGAUGGCGAACGUCUAUGUCAUGUUCCCCAUGAAGAGACUCAACUCUCUGGUCACUGCAGCCGACAUGGCCCCCUUGUUCCUGGCCGCAACUGCAGUGGCCAAGAAGAUAUCGGGCAGCAGGGUCAGGAUCUUGCCAGAGUUGAGACAGGCCAAUGAAUGGACAGAUCAGAGUCAGAACUCCCCGACUUCAUCACCGAAGCUGAGCUUGGAAGAGAUUGAAGGGUACACGGAUAUGAGGCACAGGCUGUCCACGUCCCGUUCGAAGAAGCCGUUGCUGGAGACCAUAGUCGAGGAGCCGGUCGGUCCAAGACGGAUGCAACAUUACAUUACCACUAAGUCGCUUAUAUAG